AUAGUCAGUUUUCUUUAGCUUCGCGUUUAUAUCUCAUGUUAUCGAGCUAUCUAAAUUUUUUAAUAAUAGUAAUACAACGAAUAAAAUAUUAUCAUCAUCUUUGUAUAACACUUUUGUUUAUUGUCGAAUUGUGUUGUUUUGUAUUUGAUUUGGUGGAGUAAUAUUUUAAUAAAUUCUCGAAUAUAUUUGAGAUAACUUGAUGUAGAUUGACAUAUCGGUUUCGCAAGUAGGUACAGAGGUGUUUUAUUUGUGUACAUCGUGUGGAAAAUAUUAACGGGAUUUGAUGAUUGAUUUGUACAGUGUUGUUCGUUUUUCCAAAUAUAUAUUCGGUUAUCUUUCAGUGUGUUAUUUGUGUAUUGUGCUCUAAGUAUUCAAUGCUGCAGUGUAAUUUGUGUGGUGUCAGGUGUUUGUUUGUCGCUCAAGGCGUGUGAGCUAUGCUGACUCCUCGUCGAUGCUGCGACGUUAAUACGCGGCCGGCGAGUUGGAGUCAGCGGCAGUGUAGCGUCGCUGCCCACCAUGUUUCGACCAGAAUCGCCUCUCGCUGACCACCGCAGCCUAUUGCCGCGUCGUUUACUUCCGGUUAAAGCCCAAAUAGCACCGGCGGAUAAGAGGAAGAACAGACGCUCCCUCGAAUUAAACCCUCCAAAUGACCACGUCCCAUACGACUACCCGAAACUUCUUAUAUCUAAAACGACAGAUUCCCUCAAUACAGAAUGUCCUCGUAAACUAAUCCAUAAGCAAGACUCCACUGAUAGCUUAAAACGAGCACUUCUUUCCAAAGAUGAUAACAAGAUUAAAGAGGCUGAGAAGAAAGGCCAAAUUACAAAGAAUGAUUCGAGUGAGAGUUUGAAGAAGGCUUUAUUAUGUCGGCAAGAAUCUAAUGAAAGUGCAAAGAGGAGAGAUUCUGAUCCUAAAAGACCCGCUAAUCAGGAUGUUAAGAGAGUUGGCGGAUCAGAGGUGAAAAGAGGAAGCGACAAGAAGGGGUUAUUGGAGACUGAUUCAGAUGAGCCAUGUAAGAGGAUAUAUGAGAGGCGAACGGGUUGCGCCCGACCUACAUUGCCCCCUGUAGCCGAAAAAGGGCUGGUCUCCCCUAGUUCUCCUAAUGGCAGCCCAAGUACACCUAGUGUUGCUGCUGUAGCGGAGGGUCUUGUAAGAUGGGGCAGUGGUCUCUUAUCGCCUAAGGAGGAGCCAAGACUCAGAGCGGCUAGAAGCUGGUACGGCUACGGGACGUUACCAACAGACAGCGACAAGAUGGGAGCGGGCGCGAAUGGGCCAGGCGGCCGCAGAGCUUUAGAGCUCAUCCUCAGUGGUGGACUGAAGUCCUUGGCGAGACCUGCCAAGCCAGUACGAAGGGCCGCCUCCAGAGACUCCGUACUGUCGCAGCCGCAACCACUAUUGGAAGGCCUCAGAAAGUGCUCGACAGUGCUCGCGUUGACUGAUCGCGAGAAGAGUUCGGAGCCUAUAAGGGCCCACAAUCGCCUCCGGGCACCGUCCGUCUGCUCCCGAUGCUCGUCACUGCUCUCCCUGGCCGGCGCCGGUGGUUCCAGAUACUCCCUGGACGGCGCCGGCGGUGGCUUCGUACCAGCAGCGCCGGUCAACUGCAAGCUGUGUUUGGAAGACGCGACCCCCGACAAGGUCACCGUCAUCGCCGGCUGCGGCUGCAUGUUUUGUACUAAGUGUAUGAAAGCGUACGUGGAGUUCGAAGUAUGCAACGGUGCAUACGAGGUGUCUUGCCCGGACGCGAGGUGCAGAACGGGCGCGGCGUUGGCACUCGACGAGAUCUCAGCACUGGUAGAGCCGGCGGUCAUGGACAAACACCGCAAAUUUAGACUGAACCACGAGGUGGCGAUGGAUUCGGGACGCGCGUUCUGCCCCCGGGUGGGAUGCGACACGGUGGUGACUGUGCGCGCCGCCAGUCCAGCGCACUGUCCGACCUGCAGGCACGAAUUCUGCUCGCAAUGUAAUCAGGAGUGGCACGGGGGUCUCACUUGUGAAGCGGCCGCGGCGUCCUCGUCGAUGGGCGGUGCUGGCGCGCCCCUAUUGCCCGACUCGGAGCUGAUCAAGCUCUGCCCUAUGUGCCGCGUGCCCAUCGAGAAGGACGAGGGCUGCGCUCAGAUGAUGUGCAAGAGGUGCAAGCACGUGUUCUGCUGGUACUGCCUUGCUUCACUCGACGACGAUUUCCUGCUCCGUCACUAUGACAAGGGUCCGUGCAAGAAUAAACUGGGGCAUUCUCGCGCCUCCGUACUGUGGCAUCGUGCACAGGUUGUGGGCAUUUUUGCUGGAUUCGGUCUAUUGCUCCUGGUUGCCAGUCCGCUACUGCUGCUUGCUGCACCCUGCAUCGUCUGCUGCAAAUGCAGGCUAUGCAACCCAAGCACGAAAAAUCUAGAGGAAGUGGACGAGAUCGAGAGCAUCAGUCCAGGGCGGGACGACGACGGUGACGAAAUAUCCAGGGCUAGGUACUUGUCAGACUGACGCACGCCACGGUACUAAGUGGGGCAGGUUUACGGAAGCGGACCGACCAGGUCCGAACCGGUCAAACUUUACUGGUCACGGCGGAACACUUGCCCAAAUGACACCAACAUUGGGGCAUUUGGACAAAGGGCUUGUUAUGUUUGUUUUGUAUAAUCGGCCAUACAUUGCGAUUUAUCGAUCUGAGUAUAUUAUAUUUUAAUGUAACAACUACCAGUUUAACUGAAGUGUAAAUUUGAUCGAAAAGAUUCGACUAGUUUCGGGAUCAAUUCGUGAUCCUUAUAGCUUAUCCUUGUUGCCUACAGCUCGCACUCAGCGAACCGAGGCGCGUAGUCAGACUCGCGUUACAGCCGCUUAUGACUAAGGAUUACGAAUUGAUCCCGAAACUAGUCGAAUUUUUUCGAUAUAAUUACAUGUAAGUUAAACUGGUAGUUAUUAUAUUAAAAUACCUGAUUAUAUUGGCAGAUUUACAUUGUAUCAGAAUCCGUGUUGGCUUAUGAAUAAUGAGAACAGUAUUUAUGACAGGAAUAUUAAAAAAAAAAAAAAUAAUUAAUAAUUAAUCAGCAAAAUUUGUAACGAGUGGGUAUUGAGGUUAAUUUUUUUUUUAUGGACGAUAAUGGACUGGUGCCUGCCUGCGCUAUCGGCAUACGGUGGUAGGGCAUCGGUGAUGGAUGACAGAUAAGGAUCAGGCUUGUUAGAUCAUUGUGAUGAAUUAAUAGUUACUUAAUUGUUGGUUGGUACUUGGUAUGAAGACGAAAACAUAUCUCAUAAUAAGUUCUUUAAACUACAGUCAUAAAUACCGAAAAAUGGAAUCGGUCAGGUAUUAUAUAAAAAUAAAAUUAUAGAAGUGUUUUUCUUCAAUUGUUAUAUAUUAAUGAGGAUGGUCAUACUACAUUGUUACAAAUUUAAUUAGUACACGAUAGUAUUACUGUAUCUUUACCUACCGGUUUAUCUCUAGUUUGUAUUAAAUGACUGGCGUAAUGUAAAUCUGCCUUAUUGUGUGUUGAAUAGAAUGGACUAAUUAUAAGUGAUCGAACUGAUUAGCUGUGUUUUGGUUACAAAGUUUGACGUGUUCCAAUGGCCGACACUGCCAUCCGAACGAAGGUGGUUGUAUAACGUAAGAUUCAUUUACUUUCAUGUGAUUUUAAGUAAAUUAUUUGGAAUUUAAAUGUUUAUAUUUUAAGCGCAAUAAUAUUGACAAUAGCAAGUUUUCGUUUGGACUCAUUUGUCAAAUAUGCAUUUUUCUGACAUGUUGCUAAAAUUGGCGACCAUGAUAUUGUUAGGACUAAUUAGCUGCCAUAAGUGUUGACUUAUAGAGGCAAAUUGUAAAUUUUUAUGGUAAAUCUAAAAAAAAAGUUUAUGUUGUUUGUCUAUGUAAUAUGAAUGUAAGAUAUUUAAUGAUAAAGAAAUUGUUAUUAUUAAAUUAUCUCAUAAUAUAAAAGCCAUUUAAUAGGUGGCCGUAAAUUAAGUGUAAAUUGUUUCUCAUUUGAUUAGAAAAAUUGAACUGAAAACACUACGAAUAAGAGACUGAUGGAUGAAAUGUGUGUGUGCCAAUAUGUCAUGUCUCAUUGUCUAUGAGUAAAGAUCAUAGACAACAGCCGUGAACUGGCUCGAGAGGAUAUUAUAAAUUAAAAAAAAAAAAUGAGUAGUCGCAUAACUUUAUCGACAACGAAU